UUGCUCAUGGUUGAUAUAAAUGGCUGUCGUGAGCUGCAACAACUGACAAGAGAAGCUGACCGCCAGGCUCUGAAGAAACGUGGACCUCUGCUAGACUGUCAUGACAAUGUGGCUCCCACUGGCCGCUGUUCUAGCCUUAGUGGCCUGUCUACCACAUGAGAGUGCAGCAGUAGCAAUCAACGAGCAGGGGCCCGCCCACCCAGGGCCUCCUCCCCCACCACCCCCGCCACCUAAGCCAAAGGGUCCUUCCAGACCCGUGCCCUGGCAGGUGAUGGUGUACCUGAGCGAGGGGGAGUUCCACGGGGGAUAUGGUGGCGGUGCGCUCCUCUCCGACCGCUGGGUGCUGACGGCCGGCAGGAACCUCUUUCUGAAGAAGAGCCGUGAAGACACGCGGGGACAACAGCCACUCGUGCCGAAAGUCUACCUGGGCGUUGCUAAAUUUGAGGAUGCCGAUGGCUCCAAAGAGGCAGCUGUUGAGACGGUGUUCUUGCACCCAGGCUUCCAAAACACAUCGGACUGGGAAAACGACCUUGCGCUAAUCAAACUGAAAGAGCCAGUGAACUUUAACCACACCUUGAUGCCCAUCCCUCUCCCAGAACAAGGGGAAAACCAGGAGGAGAGGCUCAAAGAAGAGGCCAUAUUUGGUGCGUGGGACUGGGGGAUCAUCCAUUACCAGCCUGGUGCUAUCAAAUACCUCAAGCUGCCCGUGGUGUCCCGAGAGGUAUGCCGGGCUGAGUACCAGUCCGGUCAUAGCCCCGUCGUAGAUGACAAUAUGUUCUGCACAGGCGCCAGUGAGUUAUUCCUGAACGUGUGCUUCAAUGAUGCGGGAAGCGCCCUCGUGUUCCAAAACCCGAAGACGAACAGGGUUUAUGCCGCAGGGAUAGUUUCUUAUGAUAAGGUGUGCGCGUUUAAGAAGUACGCGGUUCACACGAGGAUCUCCGCCUACCUGCCGUGGAUACGUGAUGUCAUGAGGGGAGACAAGGUCUCGGCUCAGAGAGAAUCGCUCGUGGCCAAUAUGUACUCUGGGAAGAUUUAGCCUGCGACUCAAGUUGUUACCAAUAUUGUUUCAAACUUUAGGGCUGUGAGAUGGAUUUUCUUUAUUUCUUCCUUAUGUUGUCUCAUUUGUUUUGGUAUGUGUUCAACUGCAUUUGUUUAAUGGCAGCUUUACUUGUCAACACAACUCAACUCUUUGAACAAAUAAAGCAACCAGUUUCUGUCCAAACAAUGUGUUGCUUAUAGUAUAUAGAUAUUAAUGCCAGUGCUUUCACAUUAGUAAUGCAUAAUGUUUGUGGCAAAAUCCCACCUUGGAGACUAAUUAGAG